GGCUGACCGGACCAGGACCCGGACCCGAAAUCAGGUUCGAUUGAACCGUCCGCCACGCAGUGCGUCCCUCACGAUUGCGACCAAGUCAAAUUCCAUGGCGAUUGCGCAAUAGCUAUCAGCAGGCCGAGGUCGCCGUCAGGACCGCAACCAUGGAGGCUCGAAACAUUUUCGCUGGCCUGACGGCUCCGGCUGCGCUGCCGACCGCUUCCUCCCUCAUCAGCCGCGGCUGCCAGGGGAUCAACCUUCCCAUUGGCGGGGUCCUCUCAAUGCCUAGUGGCGAACUCGUCACUCUCAGCGCAGCGGCCGCUUUUAAGCCCGCCUGCACGCCGGUCAACUCCCCGGCCAUCAUCGCAAAUAGCGGAGGAGCGUCUGUGGCGAUCGACGCCUCGGCCGGCGGAUCGAAGCCGUCGGAUAGCGGCUUCACGUAUUCCGACUUCCGGGACCCCUUCUACGCUUCGACCUUCCCGCAGUGCUAUGCCCUCGCCGCGACCACGGUCGUGGCGUACACGCUGGUGAUCAUGCUCUUCAUCACGCCGCGGUCUUUUCUCGACGGCGGUGUUGUUGUCUUGGGCCGGAGAGGCUUUACGAACGGUGGGACGGGGCCGACCAUCGGAGGCCGGCCGUGGCUGCAGAAGAUCGCAGCUCUGAGCGUCGCGGUAUCCCUGACCAUCGCUAGCGCCAAUACCUUCAAGGUUGCCGAGGAGCAAUAUUCGUUCGGCAUCCAGAACGCGAGAUCUUUGCAGGCUGAGGUUCUGGGCGGCAAUGAGCUGAAGAUUAUUCGCAUCAUCUCCAACACCUUCCUCUGGCUUGCCCAGGCUCAAACCCUCAUCCGCCUCUUCCCCCGCCAACGGGAAAAGGUCAUCAUCAAGUGGGCCGCCUUCGCCUUGAUCACUCUGGAUCUCAUCUUUCAGUCCCUCAACAGCUUUCAGUACACAGAUCAAGGGGUAGCACGCCCCGCAGCCUUCCAGGACGCCGUUCCUGCACUCAGCUAUCUCUUCGCGCUGACGCUGGGCGUCUUGUACGCGGCCUGGGUCAUAUACUACUCCCUCAUGAAGAAACGGUACGCGUUCUAUCAUCCGCAGAUGAAGAACGUGUGUGUGGUGGCGAUCCUCUCGCUCCUGGCCAUUCUUGUCCCCAUUGUCUUUUUCAUUCUGGAUAUAUCCAAGCCCGACUUCACCGGGUGGGGAGAGUACGUCAGGUGGGUGGGCGCCGCCGCAGCCAGCGUUAUCGUCUGGGAAUGGGUCGAGAGGAUCGAGGCCUUGGAGCGGGAGGAGAAGAAGGAUGGGAUCCUCGGCAGGGAGGUGUUUGACGGAGAUGAGAUGUUCGAGAUGACGCCCUCGGACCACGGGCUGAGGAGAAAGAAGAUGGGGUACGACGACGAAGGCAAGGACGCCGGUGACAAAAAUGGGGGGGACGACGGCCCGAGCACGGGACGGAGCAGCAGAUGGCCGACCGUCGCUUCCGUCACAGCAAGAUACAGGUCCCGUUCCAGUUCCAGGAAAGCUGCGAAAUCCACAGAUCCCACAAAUACCGAGUCCUCCAACCACGACAGGAUACGGUUCUUGCAACCACCGCUAUGGCCGGCGAGACCGCCGCCCGCAGUCACGCCGGUCAGCCGCGCAGACACCACCAGUCCCGCGAGCACGGUUUACGCCGUCAGAUACCAUCCGCUGAGCGAAACCACAUCGCCACAGCCUCGACCCGCACCAGCGACGACAGGAGCCCCACCGAAAGCGCGGUUCCUCCCCAGCCGGCACCGUCACCCAGCCGCUGGCACGCGCUCACGCAGAGAAUCCCCCUCGGCACUAGCGCUCACCAACACCAGUACCGGGACGAAGAGCGCGCCGUCCCGCCGCCAGCGCCCGAGGAGAGCAUCCUCCGUUCCGCAAACAACCGGAGCGGCAGCGGCAGCAGCGGCAGCGGCAGCAGUCGAUGGGACAUCCGCGCCCGCCUGGAAGAGUUCGCCGCGGCGCAGGCCGAGCGGCUGCGCGAGCGGUUCUGCGCCACGCCCGACACCGACAGCCUCCCCGUGACGGUCAUACCAGCGCCUCCGCGCCGGGGCGCUGCGCUGGCGCAGUUGCUGGAGGAGGAGGAGGCGGAGGCAGCGGCCGCGGCGCGGGAGGAGCGACAGCGGCAGCCACAGCCCCAGCCCCAGCCCCAGCCCCAGCCGCAACGGGGGG